AGCCCCUUUUGAGUGCCGCACUACAUCCUGUCUGUCUUCACUUACGUCCAGAUGGAGGGUCAGCAAACUACCGCUAAAGAAACAUUUAGAAACAUUAUUCAGACAUUUAGUUUAACAGCAGUAUACCCCCCUCGAUUUAGUUAUUUGUUGAACCUAUGCAAUUAUUUAACAGUAUUAAGUGCUGCAUCUAGCAGCCUACAGACCAUUUCGGUUUUUAUGUGCAUGAUUUUUUUAUACGAAUCUUUAAAUGUUAAUCUUGGGUUAUAAUUUUGUGUUAUGUAAAAUAUGUACCUACCCACAAUCCCAUCUGCCAUAACUGCAUAUUCAGUACAGGAUUACACUGAGUCUUAAGCCUGAUCCAAGGAGGCGUAAGGCCUGAGGCAGGGAAAUGUGGCUAUAACGAUUCCAAUUUUCAUUCCGAACACUCCAGAUGGGAUGCUAGAAUGAUCCAAUAAUCCACUGACUAGUACAGUUUGCAUUACGAAGUAUUUCAACUGUUUAUUUAUGCAUUAUACGUACACAGGCGUGUGUGUAUAUAUAAAAUUACAGCUGAGCCCUUAUGUGACACUGAUUAUGCUCCCUGUGUCACUUCCGGUGGAUGUUUUUUCCCCUACAUGGUAUAUCUGUAUUUUAAGUUUUUAUUUUAUUCUUCAAACGUGUCUUUUUAACCAUGAAUGGUAAUUAUUAGUUGUUAGCAGUGUGACUCGGUGUGAGCUGGGCCAUAGGCUGUGUGGGGGUGUUGGGCCCACUGCACGCGCUGCAGACUGGAGAAAUGCAGGCCUCUGUGUUGCCAGGGCAACCACCAUAAACAGUAAAACAAAAGCUCCCAUUGCAUUCGGUGGAGACGGACGUUCAGCAGAUUUUAAAUCCCAGGGGAGACCACACUGUGUUAGGGAGCCAUACAGGGAGAAGAUGCCUGUUAGUGCACAAUCACUCUCGUGCCAUAGUGCCCUGCCUUUGUUAAUGGGGCUGAGGCAGAACGUCACCUUCGCCAUCGACACCUCAGAGGGCAUGUACUCCGUGCUGCGCGCAGCCAAAGACCUCCUCGUUCAGACGCUGGCGGCCAAGGCAACACUCCGGGACUCUCUCUUCAACCUCAUUGGCUACUCGCACAAGGUGACAAAGUGGCGUAGCCAUAUGGUCACCUGUUGUCCUGACUUGGCCUGUGAGGCACAGGGCUGGAUCCAUGCCCUAUGCUGUACCCCGGGCAGGAAUCUUCUGGCUGCUCUGUCGGAAGCCUUAGCUGACCCUGCCUGCCAGGUAGUCCACCUACUGACCAACGGCUUGCCGGAUAACCCUCAGGAGCUUUUGCGAGAAGUUCCUCGCAUGGUGAAAACUCGUCGGGUGCACAUCUUUUAUCUGUCCGAUAAGGGCUUUCCAGACCGCAGGACACGGGAGUAUCUGCAGUGUCUCUCUCUCUCCACCGGGGGGGGUUGUCAUGUCCUCUCCCUCUGCUCUUCAGGUGCUGUAGAGGUAAGGCAUCUGUACUUGAAAGAAUGCUGUCCCACAAUGUCGAGAGCCACUGAUGUUAAGUACUGCAGUGCAGCUGGCGCUCAUAACACCCCCCCGUCCUGGGAGCCACACGUGUGUCUGUCUCACCUUCCCCGCAGGUGGACAUCCCCGGUUUCUACUUGUCACAUGUAUUCCUGUGACCUGCAGAGGCGCUGCCUGAGCAGCCCAGAGUUAGCGACAGGGAGUCGUGUGCUAGCGCAGAGAGAGCUGGACGGAUUUUACUACCUGGGCACGAUAAAAGACAUAGUACAGGGCAGAAGAGGCGUGUUCUUGGUUGAGUUUGACAGGCCGACAUGCAAGGGAGCCCCGUGCGAGAGCCUGUCCCUACAGCAUGCCAGUCUGACUAACAUUGUCCCUCACGUGGAGGCGCACCAGCACUGCCUACGCCCCGGGGACAAGGUGCUGGCCCCCAGCGAUGAGCAGCUCAGCCGAUAUGAACCGGGCAGCGUACUCCUUGGGGAGGAGCUCAGGAACCCGCUUGGUGCGAGAAAUAUGAAUAGUCUCCAGGUGUUGUUCUGGAACGGACGGCAAGCCAUGGUACCAGGGGAUCUGGCAGUGUGGAUUUCGCCUUCCCUGUACGAGCGGAUUGUGAGAGAACUGCAGUGGUCCCCGCCAGGAAUCCCAAGAAGGUGUUUCCCGGGACAGUGCCGCCAUGGUGACAUGUGUCACCCACCCUGGCCGUCUCACAACUUUAGCUGCAGCCCGGGUUGCCCCUUUCCUGCUUCCCCGUUCAGCUGCCCAUGCAGGCAGUGGAGGCCUCUUCCCUUGUCCACGUGUCAUGUGAUCAGCCUCAGAGAUGAACGAGACGAAAUGCCCUGGGAGGACCUGGAGAGGAAGGUGGACUUCCAACUGAAGGAGCUUCAGGAGGAGAGGAAAAUUCCUUCCUCCUUCUAUUCACACUCAUCUGGGGGCAACAGUGAAGCUUCAGAUGGAGCUUUAAAGUCUUCUGGAGUGGAGAUGGUGAGCCAGGCAACCAACACUGACCUGUGUCUCCCGCAAAAGCCAAGUUCAGCAUCACCAGGACGACCUCAGUGGAAGUACUGGAGAAGAAGUCAGACUGAACCCCAGCGCAAACUGUCCAGUGUCCCUGUGCACAGUAGCCUGAGGAAGAAAACUUUCAAUGCAAAUCGAAAGUCCGAGAAUGGAACGGAGAGCUCGACCAAUCACAGCUCGCUUUUUCAACCAGUCCCAGUUUCUGGUCGAACAAGAACCACGGUAAAGGAUGCGAUAGGUCAGAGUGACAUCGCAGAGUGCGGCUUCAGCUAGCCCGCACUGCUGAAACUGUUUGUGUUGGACAAUGGUGAGAUCUAAUCAGCUGACUGAAACUGGCAAACGUGAUUGUGCUGCUAUUACCAGAUGUUUCUGCAUCGCAUUUAAGGUUUCAGUCUUUCAGUCACGAUUGUUUUUCAAAUUAUGUACAAGGCUUUUUGAAUGAAUAAACAUGUCAGAAGUCAGUAAGGUAAUAAGGUUUUGAAAUGUUAUUGUAAUGGGUGGGUUUAAUGUGCUCAUUCAGGGAUUAAUACAAUAAAUUUCACAUAUCUUUUGUAAACAUGUCUGCCUUUUGUAUAUUAAUAUCUGCUAGAUAUUAGGCUUCUAUUUAAUAUUAUCCAGACCAAUGAAUAAAAUGUUUCUCUUGCGGCUCCAAUAAGAUGGAC